AUGCAAUGUGUGUGUCGGCACUUCACACAAAAGUACAUGCCCGAUAUUGUUACAUUAAAGACGAGUGUACAACCGUAUGCAGUACUUAAAGAUGCGUGUGACUGUAAUAUACGCGGAUUGCAUGAAAACACAUCAUUGGCGGCCUCUCAACUAUUUAGUCAUGUUUGCAAUGCAAUCUACCGCAUCAGUCUUUUGAAAAAGCGAUGUAAAAUCAACAAGAAGUGCACAAUUAACCUAGGAGCUCUCACUAUCACAACACAAAUGGGAACAAAUAUUUACGAGGUUUUUUUUGAUCACAACAUUGUGUGUUUCAACUCAACGCUCUUCAAACCCCCAUCGACAAUCAUCCAUUGCUGCCGUAGCAGCUUUCGUCUUUUAAAUUACAAGUCAUUCGAAAAUGAUUUAAACAGAGCAUUUGAUGAUUUGCUCUCACAACAUUUGGAAGUCGAUGAGUUUGCGUCAGCUCUAAACACAGCUUUAAAUAACAUCGUCAACAAACACGCACCAAUCAAGCAUUACUCGUUUUGUGAGAGCUCCCACCCUCGUUGUUUUUUAUUCCAAAAAGCAAUAGCUGCUAAAAAAAAUUGUCGUCGUAUGGAACGUCACUACAAACAUGAAAAAUCAGCGCUGAACUUCGUCAACUAUAAAAAUGCUAAACGUGUUGCUCGUGAUGCCAUUAUGAGGUCUAGGAUCGACUCUAUUAAGAACACUCUCAACAACUGCAGCAACUUUCGUGAUUUCUGA